AUGAUUGCUUCUAUUGUGGAGCAAAAACUGGCAACCUUAAACUCUGCGAGCAACUUGCUAUUGAGCUCAACAUCUGGCAUCAUUCAGCCAUCUGCUCAGCAACAUUUGCCACGCGUUAUGAGCCUUGCACCAGAUCCCUCUCUCCUAUCGGUCCACACUGGCAGACAACAACAGAUUCCGUCCUCUCUGGAUUUCUCGCUGUCCUCCUCUUAGCAAGAUUUUAAUCUUGGCACACCUGAAGAGACAGCCCUCCUGCACACCAACUAUAGAGUCCCUUCUAUCGCCAGCCAUCUCUCCAACAGUUGCAUCGCAGCCAUAACAAAUGGUGAGUACGUGGACCUUGCUAGCCUUCUUCCUUUGUCGUCUCUACUACGAGACCAUGUUACCGCUAAUUCCCAGCUUAAACUACAAGUAGGAAACGAGGGCCUACUAUACCCCUCCCAUCCCAGGCUAAGUGCCCCAAAAUUACUGGGAUUGACCGAUAGCUCGAUGCUUUUUCCAUUUACUCGUCUGUACUCCUCUCCCCUUACCCAUCCCGGGGGGGUGGACCUCUUCGCCUACCAGCAACUGAUACGUGAGUCAGCCAGUAAGUUCCCUGGUAUGGCAUGGUAUUUGUAUGAUAUGGAAUUUCGCUGAUGGGCCUGUCACAACCUUUCCAUUAACUGGGGUCAAGGGGAUGUUCAGUUGUACCCUUGACACCUUUACUGGCGUCCCAAAAGCCAUACUUUGUAAGGCCUGCAGCAGCUCGGAUCACGCAACCGAUUCCUCCUUUCCCCCAGGACUACAGACUCUUCAGGCCCCAAAUGUGGUGACCUCUGCUUCAACUUCAACAAAGGGUUCCCUGCGCCCGCACCCCCUGCCACUACACUCACCAAUGCAACAAGCCUGGAUGCACUGUAGCCCACUCAGGAAAGGACCACCCUGACUCCUCAAGCUCUGGACCCACCCAGUCAAAGACUAGCCGUUCAAGACAUUCCACCCAAAGCCGCAAUUGAAUACCUUUCUAAGCUGUCCCCUACCACCCCUAUUGACCUUCCCCAACUUGCCCUUUAUUUGCGUGAUCACCCUUAG